GGUCUGCGCCCUUCCUGCGCCUCCCCCACCUCCCCUUCUCCGCCCGGGGACACAGCUUCCACCUGAUCCCUCCCCCAGGCGGGCCCCUGCGCCUUCCCCGGAUCCAGUGCGCUUCUCCACUCUGGACUGCUGCUGCCGCUCGUGCUGUAAUUGUGGACUGCCCUUGGAAGGCAGGAGAUGCAGAAGGGCUCUAGGGCGCACCUACCUGCUCCCCCGACCCGCACCUAACCCGAGUAGGCGCUUGGAGCCGCUAUUCCCCGCCUCCAGCCAACAUACCGAUCUCUCUCCUUAACUCUUUCUUACCUUUCUCCCUCCCCUUUCCUCCCCCCACCCCUCCACCAGGUCCCUCAGGUGCGCUGCUCCCCCUCUUCCCGCCCCAUCCCUCAUGGCUAAGCAACUGAUCCUGGCUUGUUGGGUUGUACUGGCUGUGACUUGGGGCCAGGCGUCCAGCCCUCCCCCCACAGGGUCCAGCGAGCCCCCAAAUCUGCAGACCGAGGCACCCACGGAGGAAGAGACCCUUCAAAACGAAGCAGACAACCAGGAGAACAUUUUAUCUCAGUUACUAGGAGACUAUGAUAAAGUGAAAGCUGUCACAGAAGGCUCAGAUUGUCAGUGUAAGUGUGUGGUGAGACCUCUGGGAAGAGAUGCCUGCCAAAGAAUCAAUGAAGGAACUUCACGAGCUGAAGAUUUUUACACUGUGGAAACAAUCACCUCUGGGCCAGCCUGCAAGUGUGCCUGUGUGGCUCCACCAUCAGCCCUUAACCCCUGUGAAGGAGACUUCAGGCUGAAACAGCUGCGUGAGGCAGAUGCCCGGGAUUUCAAGCUCUCCACCAUCAUAGACAUGCUGGAAGGGGCUUUCUAUGGCCUGGAUCUUUUAAAGCUUCAUUCAGUCACCACAAAGUUGGUGGGACGAGUGGAGAAACUGGAGGAGGAAGUUUCUAAAAAUCUCACCAAGGAAAACGAGCAGAUCAAAGAGGACAUGGAAGAUACUCGGAGUGAAAUGAACAAAAGAGACAAUGGAAACUGCUCCAGUGGCACCCCAGGUCACAUUCCGGGCCUUCGGGCAGCCUUGCAGAGGGAUGCUGCUGCAGCAUAUGCUCUCCCUGAGCAGUAUGAAGAGCGGUUUCUGCGAGAAGAGACCGUGUCCCAACAAAUCAACACCAUUGAUCUCCUUCCGCUUCAGCCCCCGGCUCCUCCAGAGGCCAUGGCACCACGAAGGCCCCUCCAAAGGCAGAUCCACCUGAGGGGUCGGCCGGCUUCCAAACCUACCAUCAUACGAGGCAUCACCUAUUACAAGGCCAAGGUCUCUGAGGAGGAGAAUGACAUCGAGGAGCAGCAAGAUGAACUUUUCAGUGGGGAGAAUUCCAUGGACUUGCUCAUUGAAGACCAGCUCUUGAGGCAUGAAGAUCUGUUGACUAGCACCACCAAUAGGCCAACCACAGCGGGAGGCCUGUCUACUACUCACAGUGCUGCUGUAACCACAGACUACAGCACUCAGGCUACACCUAUCAAAAUGGCGGCCACUUUACUCCCACCUACAACCUUUGCUGAAUCUACAGUGGGAGUCACCGAGGCCCCUUUGGCCACCUCAAGCAACCAACUCCCAGUGGUGCCUACAAGUACAGAAUCCCCAGAUGACAUCCGUAAGGUGACUGGUGAACUGACCUCCCAGGAACCAACAACCACAGUGGCACAAACCACCAUCCAGGAACCAACAGCUACAGCAACCUUUACAACAGAAGCCAUGGAUGGAAUGGCCACAGGCACUCCCAUUGCCCCACUUCCUCCCACCAGUAUCAGGGUUGAGACUGAGGACUCAGUUGGGAUAGACAUGGCUUCUGCUGGAAAAGGCACAACUCCUUCUAGUCCUACACUAAGCCCAGAGGAAGAAGAUGACAUUAGGAAUGUGAUUGGAAGGUGCAAAGACACUCUCUCCACAAUCACAGGUCCCACUACUCAGAACACUUAUGGGAGGAAUGAAGGGGCUUGGAUGAAAGAUCCCCUGGCCAAGGAUGAGCGAAUUUAUGUUACUAAUUAUUACUAUGGCAAUACUCUGGUGGAGUUUCGGAACUUGGAUAACUUUAAACAAGGUCGUUGGAGCAACUCCUACAAACUCCCAUACAGCUGGAUCGGCACGGGCCAUGUUGUGUACAACGGGGCCUUUUACUAUAAUCGCGCCUUUACCCGUAAUAUCAUCAAGUACGACUUGAAACAACGCUAUGUGGCCGCGUGGGCGAUGCUCCAUGACGUAGCCUAUGAGGAGGCCACACCAUUUAGAUGGCGGGGCCACUCGGACGUGGACUUCGCGGUGGAUGAGAACGGUCUGUGGCUUAUCUACCCAGCUCUCGAUGACGAGGGCUUCAGCCAGGAGGUCAUUGUCCUUAGUAAGCUCAACUCUGUGGACCUGAGCACACAGAAGGAGACCACUUGGAGGACUGGCCUCCGGCGGAACUUCUAUGGGAACUGUUUUGUUAUCUGUGGUGUACUCUAUGCUGUGGACAGCUAUAACCAGCGCAAUGCCAACAUCUCCUAUGCCUUUGACACCCACACCAAUACCCAAAUAGUACCGAGAUUACUCUUUGAGAACGAAUAUUCCUAUACCACCCAGAUAGACUACAACCCCAAAGAUCGCCUACUCUAUGCCUGGGACAAUGGCCACCAAGUCACCUACCAUGUGAUCUUUGCCUACUGAUACCUCCUCCUAUGCAAGUUGGGGCAGUAAAGGGGCCACUAGCACCUUUGUGUGUGUGUUUGUGUGUACGUGUGUGUUUGUAUGUGCGUGUGUGCCUUAAAGAUUAUUAUUAUUUGUACAAAUUUGUGCAAAGAGUGAAAUGACAGUUUGGGUCUUUUUCUUAACAUGGAUUGUAGAUCAAUCCCUACAUGUGCUGGUCUCUUCUUCUAUUUUUUUUUUAGUGCAAAUGUGCAGUUCUAUUUGACCAGUAACCACUCUUCCUCUAACCCUAACCCCUCCAUCCCCCAUUUCUUAUUCCCAGAUUGUAAAAACAGAGAUUUCUUCAUUAGGUGAUACAACCCAUCUGGAUCAGGCAAGCAGAGAGGAAGAGAGAGGUUCGAGUGGAGAAAAAAAAAACUAGAUAUAUAAAGAAUGCUUUUU